CGGGCGGGCGGCGCGAUGUCGGGGGAGGACGGCCCGGCGGCGGGCCCGGGGGCGGCGGCGGCGGCGGCCCGCGAGCGGCGGCGGGAGCAGCUGCGGCAGUGGGGGGCGCGGGCGAGCGCCGAGCCGGGCCCGGGCGAGCGGCGCGUCCGCACCGUCCGCUUCGAGCGCGCAGCCGAGUUCCUGGCGGCCUGCGCGGGCGGAGACCUGGACGAGGCGCGGCUGAUGCUGCGCGCCGCGGACCCCGGGCCGGGCCCCAGCCCCGGAACCGAACCCGACCCUGCCGCCCCGCCGCCCGCCCGCGCCGUGCUCGACUCCACCAACGCCGACGGCAUCAGCGCCCUGCACCAGGCCUGCAUCGAUGAGAACCUGGAGGUGGUGCGCUUCCUGGUGGAGCAGGGAGCCACUGUGAACCAGGCAGACAACGAGGGUUGGACACCCCUGCACGUAGCUGCCUCCUGUGGGUACCUGGACAUUGCCAGGUACCUCCUGAGCCAUGGGGCCAACAUUGCUGCGGUCAACAGUGAUGGGGACCUGCCCCUGGACCUGGCCGAGUCGGAUGCCAUGGAGGGGCUGCUGAGGGCUGAGAUUGCCUGCCGAGGCGUGGAUGUGGAGGCUGCCAAACGGGCGGAGGAGGAAUUGCUACUUCAUGACACCAGGUGUUGGCUGAAUGGGGGGGCCAUGCCAGAGGCCCGGCACCCCCGCACAGGGGCCUCUGCCCUGCAUGUGGCUGCUGCCAAGGGCUACAUUGAGGUGAUGAGGCUGCUCCUCCAAGCGGGCUAUGAUCCGGAGCUCCGGGAUGGCGACGGCUGGACUCCCCUGCACGCAGCCGCGCACUGGGGUGUGGAGGAUGCCUGCCGUCUGCUGGCCGAGCAUGGGGGGGGCAUGGACUCGCUGACCCAUGCGGGGCAGCGUCCCUGUGACCUGGCUGAUGAGGAGGUGCUGAGCCUGCUGGAGGAACUGGCCCGGAAACAGGAGGACCUUCGGAACCAAAAAGAGGCUUCUCAGAGCCGAGGCCAAGAGCCCCAGGUGCCCUCAAGCAGCAAACACCGAAGGAGCUCUGUGUGCCGCCUGAGUAGCCGAGAGAAGAACUCCCUCCAAGACCUGUCCAAGGAACGCCGGCCUGCUGGGACAGGGGGUGCCCCCAUUCGAGAUGAUGAUGAUGGGGAAGAAAGCCCCACAGAGCCGCCCUGUCCAGAGCCAAGGGCCCUCAAUGGCAUGUCCUCCCCACCGUCCCCAGGUCCCAAGAGCCUUGCGCUGCCAGAAGGGGCUGCCUUCCCCCAGCGCUUUGGUCUCCAGAAAACAGGCAGCUCCAGUGCCCUGGGUCCCUUAGAAAGGCAGGGGGUUGAGGGAGCCCCUCGGGCUGGGCUGCAGCGCUCUGCCUCCUCCUCACAGGUGGAAGGGACCUCCACUCAGGUCAGGGAGCCACGACUUGCCAGGAUUCACCCCACUCCCUCCCGGAAGGUUCUGGAACCCACUCCUCUGUCUGACUCUGCUGGGCCCCCUCCUCCUCUGGAGCACUCCUCUCCCCCCUGCGGAGGGGGGCCCAUGUCCCCAGCCAAGCCAGAUGUCCCCACGGACUCCCGGGACCGGCGGAGGUCCUACCAGAUGCCUGUGCGGGAUGAGGAGUCGGAAUCCCAGCGCAAAGCUCGCUCCCGCCUCAUGCGCCAGUCCCGGAGGUCCACUCAGGGCGUGACUCUGACAGACCUGAAGGAGGCCGAGAAGGCUGCAGGGAAGGCCCCAGAACCAGAGAAGUCAUCCCUGCCCAGCCUGGACCCAUCCCGGAGGCCCCGCGUGCCUGGCGUGGAGAAUUCCGAGGGCCCUGCCCAGCGAGCAGAGGCGCCCGAUGGGCAGGGCCCAGGACCACUGGCCGCCAGGGAGCACAGCAAGGCCAAGGCCGGCAAAGAGCGGAGAGGGCCUGCGGAGGGGGAGGAGGCGGAGUUGGCGGACCACAGUCCUGAAUGCAGCGCUGUGGACGGCAGCUCAGCCCGCAGGCAGCGCUCGCAGCGGGAUCUCAACCCUGAGCCGCAGCGAGAUCAUGAAGAGUCCGACGGAGGCUUCCGAAAGCUAUACGCAGAGCUGCGCCGGGAGAAUGAGCGGCUACGAGAGGCCCUGACAGAGACCACGCUGCGGCUGGCACAGCUCAAGGUGGAGCUAGAGCGAGCCACGCAGCGGCAGGAACGCUUUGCUGAGAGGCCAGCACUCCUGGAGCUGGAGAGAUUUGAGCGCCGAGCCCUGGAGCGCAAGGCCGCAGAGCUGGAGGAGGAGCUGAAGGCCCUGUCCGACCUCCGUGCCGACAACCAGCGUCUCAAGGACGAGAAUGCAGCGCUGAUCCGGGUUAUCAGCAAACUGUCCAAGUGACGACCGCAGAGUGCCCGCACUGUAUUUAUGCAGCCGCUUCUGACACACGCACCCCUCCCCCGUGACCACGAGUGACAGGGCUCCGGGGACGUCCCUGAGAAGCCAUAAUCUCCUCUGGGGACCUCAGGACCCAGAGGGAAGCACAGAGGCCCCAGGAGCCAAGGGGGCCCCAGGCCAGGAGGGAGGUGGGGGGCUGAGCCAGAAAGGGGGAUGUUGCCAAAAGGAGACUGGGGCCAGAGAAGGGACCAGGAGGAAGCAAGGACCAAGAAGCCAGGAUCAGAGUGGCCACUGGGGUCCCACCUCACGUGUGAUGCCACCCCAACACCCCCUCCCAAGCAGGGAUCCAGGAAUGUGCCAAGAGUCCUGCCUGCCUCUGCCUGGUAGGCUUGUAUAUAGGGCCCUGCCUCUGCCAGGUGGGCCUGUACAUAGGGUCCGUGUGCAAUAGGGAGGAAUGUUUUCUAUUUUUGCUGCCCCCUUCCCACCCAUUGCCUGGGGAGGGGGAGAAGGUAUUUUCAAGACAAAGCACAGGCACAAAUAAAAAUGGUAACAUUG